AUGGGGGGAGAACCGAAUGGUCGCGUUCAGAUGGAGAAGACAAUCGGACUGGUGCAAGGUAUUAACGUCAUCAUUGGCUCAAUGAUCGGCUCUGGUAUCUUCGUCAGUCCCACAGGCAUUCUGGCUAGUGUGAAGAGCGUGGGUGCCAGCCUGAUUCUUUGGGUUGCCUGCGGUCUAUUCUCCCUUCUGGGCGCGUAUUGUUACGCAGAGUUGGGCACUUUGAUUCAUCGGUCGGGCGCCGAUUACUCCUACAUUUUGGAAGCCUUCGGCCCUUUUUUUGGUUUUUUGCGCAUGUGGGUUGAGGUCAUCGUUGUACGGCCGGCGACUAUCGCUGUUAUUGCUAUGACCUUUGCCAAGUACACUCUGCAGCCAAUCUUUCCCGAUUGUCCACAGCCGGAUAUGGCUGUCAGACUCCUUGGCGCUGCAUGUAUUCUCAUAAUUACAUACAUAAACUGUUAUUCCACUCGCCUCUCUACUCGGGUUCAGGAUGUCUUUACCUAUGGCAAACUCCUGGCAAUAAUAAUGAUAAUCAUCACUGGUUUUGUUCAAAUUGGAUUUGGUAUGUGGCUUGUGACGCCUUUGUUUAGUCCCUUUGAAGGCUCAGACUGGAGCUUGGGUGGUAUUGCCACUGGCUUUUACUCAGGUCUCUUUGCUUAUGCUGGCUGGAACUACCUAAAUUGUAUGAUAGAGGAGAUGAAAAAUCCUAAACGCGAUUUGCCAAUCGCUAUUGUUUUCUCUUGCCUCGUUGUGACCGCCGCUUAUACCCUAUGCAACGUCGCCUACUUCACGACUGUUGAUGUCCACGAAAUUCUCAUAACACCUGCCGUCGCUGUGGUACGUUCCCUUCGUUUGUACAGUCACGGAUGGUGGAUCAUGUCGGUAUUUGUGGCACUGUCAACGUUCGGCGGUGUCAAUGGUGCUAUGCUUACCACAUCACGCAUAUUCUUCGUGGCUGGCGAGGAGAAUCAAAUGCCACGUAUUAUGGCUUUCCUUCACAUUCACAAGCUAACGCCAUUUUUGUUUAGCUCGAAUGCACCACUGCUUGCGCCUUCACAAAACCACUUGGAUAGAUGGAAUAUUGAUGCUGGAUCAAUUGUGUUGAUGUUGUGUUUUAUAUUCUUUCACUCACCUUUCAGAAUUAGACUAUGA